AUGCAUGGGAAAAAAGAGCAAGAACAUGUGAAGAAAGGUCCAUGGAAAACAGAAGAAGAUGAUGUUUUAAUUCAUCAUGUUAAGAAAUAUGGUCCAAGAGAUUGGAGCUCCAUUCGAUCCAAAGGUCUUCUUCAAAGAACUGGCAAGUCUUGUCGUCUUCGUUGGGUUAAUAAGCUUCGACCAAACCUCAAAAAUGGAUGCAAGUUUGCAAUAGAAGAAGAGAGGAUUGUGAUCGAGUUGCAGGAACAAUUUGGGAACAAAUGGGCAAAGAUUGCAUCCUACUUGCCUGGAAGAACAGACAAUGAUGUCAAAAAUUUCUGGAGCAGUAGACAGAAGAGGUUGGCUAGGCUUCUCAAAACAUCAUCAUCAACCUCAAAGUCACACAAAAACAAAGCCAAAGUUUCUUCCCAUGUUCCAACUUCAGAGGUUCCUUUUAAGUUUAGUUCUUCAUCAGAGGGAGAAACACCAUCAAAGCCUAAACCGUGUUCAUUACCCUGCAUUGAAAAACCUUCUGAGGUUAUCAAAAUGAUGCCACUACAAGAUCUUAUAAAACCCGAAAAGCCGAGUAUCGACGCAAACUAUGUCGAACAAGACUUAACCCCUUUUGUCCAGAGCUACAAAAGUACUGAACACAUUGAACUUCCUCAGAUUCCAGAACUCCAAACUGAUCUUACUUUUCCAAUGUCAAGAGUGGAUGAACAAAAUUUAUUUGAUGUUUUUGAUCCUUUGUAUUCAUCUGAGUUUGGAAUGGUUCCUUUCUUCGAGCCAUCGGGGAGUUGCAGUAUCGGGAAUAUGGAUACAAAUGACGAUUUCUCAACACACAUUGAAAGUUUCUUUGAUGAUUUUCCUGAAGACAUGUUUAAUCACUUUGAUCCACCUGCAAGUCCAUCUAAUCUCUGA